GUUCCUUCAGCUGCCAUGGAUCUCCUCGGAGCCGGGACCGUCUUCCUCAUCAUCUGCCUCUCUUGCCUAAUGGCCCUCUCCACAUGGCGACAGAUGCGCGGGAAGAGCAAGAUGCCACCUGGACCAACUCCCCUGCCCUUUAUUGGGAACUUGCUGCAGGUCAACUUGAAGGACAUGCACCGUUCGCUGGUGAAGAUCAGUGACAAAUAUGGCCCCGUCUACACCAUCCAUCUGGGGCCCCGGCGGGCCGUGGUGCUGCGUGGAUACGAUGCGGUGAAGGAAGCCUUGGUGGACCAGGCUGAAGAGUUCAGUGGCCGUGGGGAGCAGGCCACACUUGACUGCGUUUCCCGUGGCUAUG